UGAGCGCCAAAUAAAUGUCGAAUAAGCAAGUUGUUGACAAUAAAAACAAAAGAAAUCUGGAUUUGACCGAUGAGACGGCAAGUGGAAGCCAUGCCAAGCGCCAGUGCAGCGAGAGUCUCUUUUGGCCGGAGGGCGACGACGACGAUAGCUUUUUCUCCAACGCCAAGCUGGAGGAUCUGCUGGGCGGCCGAAAGGAGGAGCUCUUUGGGACGCAGGCACAGACAAACCAUAACAAUAACCAGAAGUUGCAGCAAAGUGGAUCGGAUGAUGGCCUAGGACUCUUUGGCGACACAUCCUUUCCAGGCACAGAGAAGCUUCCUCUAAACCAACACACCAAACCAAGCGAAUCUCUAAAUCAAAUUGAUCUGGCGGAGGAGGACAAUGCCGACGAGGUGUUCAAGAAAAUCAACCUAAACGAUUUGAGCAUUGCCGAAAUGGAGGAUAUAUUCCAUGGAGCAGAGGACUUUAGUGAACCCAUGCUCCAAAACACGCAACUCUUUCUGGAGGCGGUGACCUUUAAGAUGCCCCGCACGCCGGAGAAGUUACUGCCCUCCGUUAAGGACGAAUCCAUGUCCUUUAUCUCCAAAUCUGUGAUAGAGAGCAUAGUGCAGGGCACGCAAUACGUGACCUGCGAAGAGCUGAAGAAUCAAUCCAUCCUUGAUCCAGUCAACUGGGAGACACAGGCUUUUGCGGACUUUGAAAAGGAGGAGAAGCAGCAGCAGCAGCAGCAAGUGAAGGACAGUUUUCCCAGCAAGGGUGAAUUCUAUGGCCUGCCGGAUAAGGUCAAGAAGAUGAUACUCGAGCACAAGGGCAUCAAGAGUCUUUAUGAAUGGCAGGACGAGUGCCUGAAUCUACCUGCCAUCAGGCAGAGAAAAAAUCUCAUCUAUGCCCUGCCGACGAGCGGCGGAAAAACCCUAGUGGCCGAGAUCCUUAUGCUCCGGGAACUUCUCUGCCGCGAACGCAAUGUGUUGUUCAUUCUGCCAUAUGUCUCGAUUGUCCAGGAGAAGGUCAGCGCCAUGUCGCCCUUUGCCAUCGAUCUGGACUUUAUUGUGGAGGAGUACACGGCGGGCAAGGGCAAGUGUCCGCCACAGCCAAGUCGCAAGCGUCGUAGUCUGUUCAUUGCCUCCAUUGAAAAGGGAGCUGUGCUGAUGGACAGCGUAAUAGACGCACAGCGUCCCCACGAGAUUGGUCUUGUGGUGGUGGACGAACUGCAUUUGAUCGGCGAAAGGGGCAGAGGAGCCACCUUGGAGGCUUUCCUCACAAAGGUGAUGUUUUUGAAUGCCAGCAUUCAAAUUGUGGGCAUGAGUGCCACGAUAGGAAACCUUAGUGAAAUAUCUUCCUUCCUGAAUGCCGAUGUCUAUACGCGGGGUUUUCGACCUGUGGAACUGAAGGAGUACAUCAAAUGUGGUCCGGAUUUGUUGGAAAUCAACUCGGCUGGACAAACGCUGGAGGAGAUCUUCAUCCCCAGUCGCACUGUUGACUACAAUUACAGCGAAGCUGUGAAACGUGCGGAUCCUGACCACUUGGCCGGCUUGAUCAGCGAAUGUGCCCCGGAACACUGCUGCCUGGUUUUCUGUCCCAGUCGCAAGAACUGCGAAAAUGUGGCCCUAUUGCUCAGCCGCAUUGUGCCCAAACAGAAGUUCUUCGAGCAUCGGCGGAGCGAGAAAAUGGAUCUAAUGGAUGCACUGGACAAGAUGUGCGGCAUAGUCAGCCCGGUUUUGGCCAAAACCCUGCCCUACGGCAUUGCCUAUCACCAUUCGGGCUUGACAACGGACGAACGGAAGUACAUAGAGACUGCCUAUCGCUUUGGCGUGGUCACAGUCAUCUGCUGCACCUCCACUUUGGCGGCGGGCGUAAACCUUCCAGCCAAGCGGGUAAUCAUACGAGCUCCCUAUGUGGGCCAGGAAUUCAUGACUUUGUGCAAGUACAAGCAAAUGGUGGGGCGCGCUGGUCGCGCCGGAUUGGGCGAGGCUGGCGAAAGCAUUUUGAUAGCCCAGAGCAAAGAUAAUUUGCAGGUCGGCCAAAUGCUCUUCUCGCCCAUGGACAAGGCCCUGAGCUCAAUGGACCAGCAGGAGGCAGUCGGAUUGCAAUCGCUCAUCCUGAGCGUGAUUGGCCUGAACCUGGCAGAAUGUCGUCGGGAUUUGAAUCGGCUGGUGAACAGCACCCUCCUCGCGGUGCAGGCCAGCGCCCUGGAGGUCGCCGUGGACGACAUAGUGCUCCGCAUUCUUCGCGAGAUGUUCAAAAACAAAGUUCUGCAGGUGACCGAACCGCAGGCCAAGUCCAGGAUAAAUUCUUCGGAGAUUAUAACCACGCAGGACGUGAAUCAGACCAGCAAUCGAGCGGCGGGCGAGAGGCGUUUGCUAAUCGGUCAGUCCACCCCAUUCAAGUUGACCCACAUUGGAAGGGCUGCCUUCAAGGCGGGCAUCGAUUACAAGCGGGCCAAUGCCAUCCACAGGGAGUUGAGGCAGGCCCAGCAGCAGCUCAUCCUGACCAACUACUUGCACUUGCUGUACCUGGUCGUGUCCUUCAAUUCGAAUGACAAGGGCGAUGAAUUGUUUCCGGCCGAUGCCAGCAUACUUGUCGGAGUUUACACCUCGCUACGGCCGGACUCGCAGGCUUUGUUCAAGCAACUGGGCUUCACGGAAGCCCAUGCAGCCAGACUGUUCAAGACGCACUCGGUCCAGGGUCCCUUGAGCCUACAGCUAAACCGCCUGUACAAGGUGCUGAUCCUGGCGGACAUCCUGGACCUUCUGCCGCUGCCCGCGGUGGCCACCAAGUACAAUGUCGAGCGGGGAACUCUGCAGCACCUGAUCAGCCAAUCCGUAGCCGCCGCCAGUGCCAUUGUUCGACUGUGCGAGGAGCUGGAGGAGUUCUGGUGCUACAAACCCCUCUUCGAACGGAUCCUACACAAAAUGGAUCGCUGUGGCACGUUUGAGCUUGAGCCGCUGAUGGAACUGCCAGCCGUUAAAAUUAAUCGCGCCAAGCAACUUUAUGCAGCUGGAUUUAGGACCAUCGAAGAUAUAGCCAAAGUAAGGCCCAUGCUCUUAGUGCAAUCCUUGGAGCAUAUGCCGCUCAGAGUGGCCACGGAAAUCGUGUCGGCAGCCAAGAUCAUUUUAAUGAAAAAACUUGACCAUCUGGAGGAGGAAACGGAGAACCUGAAAAUGUGCCUGAAAUCCUCUCGCAAAGAGUAGCAGUAAAACACUAGUUUAAGUAAG